AGACGGAAGCCGAGAGGCCCCAUUUCGCGUGGGUUUACGCACUAAAGAAGACAGGUUGUGUCGGGGGACCACCUUCUGGCUGUUUAUCUCGCCUGCGCUGUGCUCUCGCUCUGCUCUUCCGUUAAGAGUGCUUACAUUUGGGCCAAACCUUGGGUGAGAGGAGGACCUGCUCCUUCCCGACGCCGGCCAUUCUCUGGUCCUGCCUUUCUUCCGUGAGGCAGUGUCAGCCGCCAGGAAGUACCGUUCUCGCCCGUGCAGGUGUUCCCUGGAAAACCGCAUGCUCUGAAUUAUUUUCCAUCUUCCCUGGGUGCGAGCAAGGGGAGCUCUGCCCGGGCUCCGGCGGUGGUGCAGGGCUGUGGUAGAAUUGGAAUAGAAGGCCUCCCGCGAGCCCGCCCCCGACUCUCGUGGGGGCCUCAUGGGGGUCCACGGGCUCUGGAAGCUGCUGGAGUGCUCCGGGCGGCAGGUCAGCCCGGAGACGCUGGAAGGGAAGAUCCUCGCCGUGGAUAUCAGUAUUUGGUUAAACCAGGCACUGAGAGGAGUCCGGGAUCGCCAUGGGAACUCAAUAGAAAAUGCUCAUCUUCUCACUUUGUUUCAUCGGCUCUGCAAACUCUUAUUUUUUCGAAUUCGUCCUAUUUUUGUGUUUGAUGGGGAUGCUCCACUAUUGAAGAAACAAACUUUGGCUAAGAGAAGGCACAGAAAGGAUUUGGCAACCACUGAUUCCAGAAAAACUACAGAGAAGCUUUUGAAAACAUUUUUGAAAAGACAAGCUAUCAAAACUGCCUUAAAAAGCAAAAGAGAUGAAGCACUGCCCAGUCUUACUCAAGUUCAAAGAGAAGAUGACAUCUAUGUUUUGCCACCUUUACAGAAAGAAGAAAAAAACAGUUCAGAAGAAGAAGACGAAAGAGAAUGGCAAGAAAGAAUGAGUCAAAAACAAGCAUUACAGGAAGAGUUCUUUCAUAAUCCUCAUGCCAUAGAUAUUGAGUCUGAAGAUUUCAGCAGCCUGCCUCUUGAAAUAAAGCAUGAAAUCCUGACUGAUAUGAAAGAAUUUACCAAGCGAAGACGAACCUUAUUUGAAGCAAUGCCAGAGGAGUCUAAUGACUUUUCACAGUAUCAGCUCAAAGGCUUGCUUAAAAAAAACUACCUAAACCAACACAUAGAAAAUGUCCAAAAGGAAAUGAAUCAGCAACAGUCAGGACAAAUCCAAAGGCAAUAUGAAGAUGAAGGGGGCUUUUUGAAGGAGGUAGAGUCAAGGAGAGUGGUCUCUGAAGAUACUUCACAUUACAUCUUAAUAAGAGGUAUUCAAGCUAAGAAAGUUGCAGAGGUGGGUUUAGAGGCUCUUCCUUCUUCCAGCGAAAUGCACAGCAGGUCUUUUGACAUGAAGUCAUCUCUGUGUGAGAAACUGAAGCCAGAGAAAGAGCCUGCUGCUGCCCCUCCUUCUCCAAGAACUUCCCUGGCCAUGCAGGCUGCCAUGCUGGGAAGCAGCUCAGAAGAGGGGUGGGAGAGCGAGACUCCAAAGCAGUCUGAUGUGAAGAAUGCACCUGUGUCGCCGCUUACUCUCUUAGCCAUUCAGAAGGUUCUUGAUGAUGAUGAAGACAUGGAAGCACAUGCUGGAAAUGACGUGCAGGCAGGAGGGUCAGGAGUGAAAACACUGCUUGAGAACAGUUGCCAUGAAGAAGUUGUUGGAGGCCUGACAGAGGGAGACGGAGAAGGAAUGCUGUUGCCAUCAGGACCCCAUCUAACUCGUGUGAACUCUGCACAUGAAACCAGCCCUGACAGUGACAGGAGGCUGGCAGACUCUGCUCAUUUGUCCCGUCCCGUCUUCUGUCCAGGCAGCGAAUCUGGUGUUUCAAAAGAAGAAAUGUCACUUAUGCACGUGGUGAGUGAAGCCUUUCAGACAAGCGAUGAGUCUACGGUUGAGGGUAGAAAAGACCCAGUUCCUUCAGAAAGCACAGUGGUGAUGCACAGCGAUGCACCUGGACUCCAGAGUGGGACACAACGGACACUAGUACCUUCGAUGAGUUCACGCUCUGUAUCAAGAAAUGAAAUAUACACCAAAGAGCCUGGGCUGCAAGACCUUUGUCCAUCAGGCCCCAAAUAUGAUUCCUCUGUUCUUUCAAGUGAUGAUGAAGCAGAAGGUGAAAAAAAUCCCGUUUCUGAAAUCAUGGACACUGUCAGUUGGCAAGAAAUGAGUAAUACACAAAGUGUCCCUGCAGAGGCAAUAAGUAACUUGGAAAAUGCAGUAUCCUUUAAUUCUAAAGAGCACGAGAAUUUCCUGAAAACCAUCCAAGAACAUGAGACAGUGGAAUCUGCAGACCAGGACUUAAUUUCAGUUCCAAAGGCCGUGGAGCCAAUGGAAAUGGACUCUGAAGAAAGUGAAUCUGAUGGAAGUUUCAUCGAAGUACAGAGUAUAAAUAGUAAUGAUGAACUUCAGGCUGAGUUACAUGAAGCUUCUAAAUCUCCCUCCAGACAAGAUGAAGAAGAACUGAUAGGAACUAAGAAGGAAGAAGCCACUGGUGACUCUGAGGGCCUCCUAAGACCCAACUCUGGAAGUGAGGCUUCAGACACUGAGCCACAUGAAGAAGCUGAAAAAGAUGCAGACCGUUCACUCAAUGAAUGGCAAGAUAUUAAUUUGACGCAGCUCCGAAUUGAUUCUUUCUUUAGAUUAGCUCAACAGGAGAGACAAGAUGCUAAGGGUAUUAGGAGCCAGAGACUGAACAGAGCUGUGACUUGUAUGCUGAGAAAAGAGAGAGAAGCCACAGCCAGCGAAAUAGAAGCAGUGUCGGUUGCCAUGGAGAACGACUUUGAGUUCCCUGAUAAGGCAGAAGGAAACACCCAGAAGAGAAGGCUAGCAAAUAAAUGGAAAGAGUCAUCAAGCCUGAAAAGAAAGAGGCUUUCUGAUUCUAAGCGAGAGAGUAACUGUGGCGGGUUUUUGGGGGGGGCCUGCCUCUCGCCGUCAUCCGGGACCUCUUCGGGUGAGGACGCCGAGUGUGUGUCUUCAGCGACGGCGCAGCAGGAGAGAGCAGCCCCGGAGUCACCCGCCAGCCGCCCGGGUUUGCAGAGCGCAGCGACCCCAGCUCCCGCCAGCGACCAGGGCGCGACCAGCAGCAGCUCUAGUGAUGAUGAGGGACGGGGGCCUACGCCGGUGCUGGUGACCGCUGGAUCUGUGUUUGGGAGGAGAAGGGGGAAACGGAGCGGUCCAAGAGGAAGGAGGAGAAAAACCCAAUUAAUUUAAGCCCGUUUGUUCUCCCUCAUCAGGCACAACUUAACAUUUCGUAAUGAAUUUGUUGUGAGGAAAUAAUACAAUUAAAAGUAUUUGCACAAUU